AUGCGCAAGUCCAAGUUGCAGGCGCAGCAGAAUGGCGCAACGGUGGCCGUUUCAUGCGCAACCAUGGCGACGACGAGCACCGACGACAUUGGCCAGCUCUUUGACGAGAUCGUCAACAAGCGGACGAGCGCGGUCUCGAGCGCCGAGCUGAGCACCGUGCUCCCGUUCACGGCGGGCGACGUCCAAUUCAUCUUGACCAGAGUCGUCGACGACAUGCGGCAGCACAAACUCGAGCUGGAGAAAAAAGAGUUUACGCGGUACGUCAAGAAAGCCACGUCGACCGUCUCGCUCGCCCACGUCGUCGUGACGCUCCAGCGACGGCGACACAUGAAGACCUUCUCCGAGUAUUACCUCGCGCGGGGCGUCGCGGGCGCGCAGCUCGUGGGACCGGCCGAGAGUGCGACAGAGCAACCUGGUGGCGCGUCUCGGCGUCGCAAUAGCCGUCCAGGCGACGGGCUUGGUGGGGAUGCGGUCUCGAAUCAAAGCAACGACCGGCCCGAGGUCGAGCGCGACACCAAGGACGACCCCCAAGCGCAGUACGCGGCGCGUCAGCGCAUCAGUCUGGUACGCGCCUGUCGCGCGAUCAAGUCGACGACCGAGGGCAUCUUUGCGAUUGCGUUUAACCGCAAGUCGCGCCGCCUCGAGCUCCACACCGUCGCGCCGUCCACGCGCGCCGCGCAGAUCUACUCGUCGCGGUACUUUGUGCUGCUCUUCUCGCGGGAUGCGGGGCAACUCGCGAUCGGCUGCACCGGGUACCUCGGCGGGCACAUCUACUUGGUGCGCAAGCAGGGCUGUGCCCACUCGGCGCCGCCCGAUAUUCUGCUGACAAGCUAUGUGUUUGCGUCGCGCGACAUCACCGCCGUCGUCGGGCUCGCCGAGCCGGACCUUCAAAUGCCCGCGACGUCCGAUGCGCCUGCGACCGGGCUCAUCACAGCCCCGCUCGACAUGUUCACGGCGAGCCACGUCGCGCACGCUUGCUGCAACCACGGCACCGUCACCCUUUGCGCCGACGAAGGGCUGCUCGAGUGGAGUCAAGCCGAGGUGGCAACAACUGCCACCGACGCGGUCCCGACGCCGCUGCUGACCGACGGCGAGUGCGCGUUUCCGACGAUCGCACACGUGAAUGCGAUUUCUGCCGCUGCGUUCGUCAUGCCUCGGAUGCUUCAACAGGCGGCGCAGGGCUACUGCCUGUACAUGAGCCAGCGCGCCUUCAUCCUUGAAGAUGAUGCGACACCAGCACCAAUCAAGGCCAUGCUCGACGCAGAUGUCGCCACGAUAUGCGCACUGUGGACCGAGGCCAAGUUCAAAAUGGGCCCGCGGAGGAUCCAACCCAAACUCAAAAACGUCAAGCAACUUGUCAACUGCGGCACCGCUUCGUACACGGCGCUGACCCGAGACGGGCAAGUCUAUACGUGGGGCCAAGACGCUGUCGAGAGCCUCGGGAGCCAUGUUGCUUUGGACGCAACCAAGAGUAGCCCGCGCAAACUCCCGGGGUUUACCAAGCCAGUCGCCAAGGUGACCUGUGGUGGGCAGCACGUUCUUGGCCUCGAUGAGGCAGGAGUGGCCUACAGCUGGGGCAGCAAUGCCCACGGCCAACUCGGACUGGGCCAUCUUAACGACAGUGACACACCAGCGCGUAUCGCCAUCGCUGGGAGCCCCGUAAUCAUCGACAUCGCUGCAGGCGACAACCACAGCUUGCUCUUGACCAAUGCCGGCACAACUUUGGCGUGCGGCAACAACUGGUCGGGUCAGCUCGGCACCGGCGGCAGCGCGCACCUUGAUGCAAUGACGCCGGUUUCGUUGCCCCCCGAGGCAAACGAACCGCUAUACCUGGUUCAGGCCGUCGGCGAGACGUCGGCGGCCGUGUCAGGACCGUCUUUGUGUGGGGGCUCUGUGCCGUGCCGCUUCUCGGUGUCGUGA